AGACUUAAUCAACCACUGUUUUCCACUUCCCAGGUGCAGUGACCGGCCUGGUCCUAGGUAUCCUGCUGGGUCUGUCGGCUGCCAUCUGCCUCAUGGUCUUUCUACUGCUUGGCCGACGACGUAGGAAGCACAAGCGUGAAGAAGACCCGGGCAUCAGUUACCACAACCCGUACUACGGGGAAGUCAAGCCGAGGCCGGCUGCACGACGGGACAGUGGGACGGACUACGAGGAGGAAGAGGAGGACGUGGGAUACCUGGCCAAUGACUUCUCACUGCACGGGCUACUCGAUAUGUACGGAGCAGGCGCGGUUGGGGGAGCUACGGAGUCCGAGGUCAAUAAGAAGUUGUUGGUCGCCCCGGAGAAAUCGGAGAAAGGUGUGGGGAGUACGUCCUUGAAGGAACCCCCACCGCCAUCCCCUCUACACGUCCGGCCGAAGUGUGUGAUGAACACCUACGACACGCCCCCCUCACUGGCCAGUCACAGGCCGGCAGCGGUUGCCGCGGCGACCAAGAAACACAAGUCUCCCCACGCCAAGUUGACGGCAGGCUGUGAGCUGCCAGACAAGAAGAAGAAGAAGAGAGGGAAUGGCAGAGAUGGAAAAAAGAAGGAAGAAGAGGUGGAGGAGGAGAACUAUUACGACGAGGUCGGCCCGAUGGCUCCCACAGCCUACGAUGUCCCACCAGUGGGUGGUCGACGUGCGCAUCAUAUGGCCACCGCUCGACUUCCUCUUCUGCCUAAGACCACCGCCACCACCACAAACAAAUCCUCCUCCUCCUCCUCCUUCCCUCCUCGUGUUUCCUCCCCCUCCUUCCCUCCUUGUGCAGAGGAUCUGUACUACAACGACCAGGAUGAGGAGAUGGAGGAGAACGUGUACGAGUCGGUGGAGAAUCUACGCGAGGCCAUCGGGCAACAGAGGGGGGUUUUGCAGCUACACAACGAGGCCCUGGUGGGGGCCGCGCACGGUGGCGCCACGGGGGUCGAGGGGGGCAAUCUGUACGUCCCUUUUGUCCUGGACGAAGUCAAAGACCAGUGAGAGUUGAGGGGGGUACGGUGGUCAGGGGGUCUGGCAGGGAUUCCUUUACACACAUGCAAACAAACAAGACGCUACGCGGAUCAGGAAGAUAUGAGAUUUGUUUGUGUAUGUCAUUGAUAGUGACCCCCCCACCCCAGAAUGCAAUUCUUUGAAUGUCUUGAUAACGACUCCGAAUAAUCUUACGAUUUUGAUUGAGCAGGUAGAACGUUUGGCCUCUGACCUCUGGUUGUAGUAGUUCACUGACCUCUGGUCGUUCACAACGGCCAAAAAUGUGAGAGAACUUUGUAAUUCUGAGGAAGUGAGAUAUCGAUAAAUGUAUUUAUAAAUAAGUAGCACAGUCGAACUUGUCAGAUGUGGCUACACGUUGUGGUGAGAAAAAAAAUGGUUGUCUUAAUAUAGUGUAAAGCGCAUAGAGCCUGCUGUUGAGUGGGGAUUUGCGCUAUACAAAUGCUAUGUAUUAUAUUAGAAAGGUGAAUUAUUUGGACUGUCCUUAUGAUAUUAGAAAAAACCCAGAAAACCUUGUGAUGUUUAUACAGGACCCUUAUAAUAUAUAUAUACACACACACCCACACACACACACACACACACA